CCCAGCUCCCUCAGCAGAGUUAGCGCCAAUAUCAAACAAGCGCGACUAGACGAAUGCGACAGCGGCAGCUAGACCAAGCCUCCUGCUUCUUCCGGACUUGCAGUACAACUUCGUGCCACACCCAUAGCGCUCUGACUGAAACUCCUCGAAAGCGAACUUGAGGUCAGGUCCUGCAAGAUGUCCUCUUCGCCUUAUCCGGUCAAAGCCAAAGAAGGCGUCAUUCCCCGAUCGACCAAGGAUGUCUUGUCAGGCACAGCAGGAGGCAUAGCUCAAGUGCUAGUGGGUCAGCCUCUAGACAUUGUCAAGGUCAGAUUACAAACCUCUCCGCCCGGCACCUUUACCGGCAUGGCAGAUUGCGCCAGGCAAUUGGUCAAGCACGAAGGACCCUUGGCUUUCUACAAGGGUACCCUCACCCCUUUGCUCGGGGUCGGGCUUUGCGUCAGCAUACAAUUCGGAGUGUUUGAGCGCAUGAAGAGGGAGUUUCAGGCUAUCAAUGCCAAGAAAUUCGGUGAUCAGAGCUACUUGAACAAGGGACUUUCAUCCUCGCAGCUCUACCUCGCUGGAAGCGCUGCUGGUCUAUCCAACGCCGUCGUAGCAGGCCCCGUCGAGCAGAUCCGUAUCCGUCUUCAAACGCAAAAGAACAAUCAAUUCAAGGGUCCGCUCGACUGCGCGAGGCAGAUCAUCCGAGCCAGUGGAGUAUCGGGCAUCUUCAGAGGCAUGAUCCCGACCUUUGCCAGAGAAGGUCACGGUAUGGGCUGCUACUUUCUGACGUACGAGUACUUGGUGCAACAAUUGCUGGCCAAAACGGGCAAGACCAGAUCAGAGAUGCCUGCCAUCUAUGCAGUGCUGUUCGGAGCUAGUAGCGGUCUGGCAGUCUGGCUUUCUGCCUACCCAUUCGACAUCAUCAAGUCUCGUCUGCAAACCGACGCCAUCCAUCCCAAAGAGCGAGCAUACAAGGGAGUGAUGGACUGCGCACAGGCCAUCUACAGACAAAACGGCAUCAAGGGCUUCUUUAGAGGUUUGACACCCACGCUCGUCAGAGCCCCCUUUAGCAAUUCUGCCACCUUCUUGGCAGUCGAGUGGGCGGCAAGAAAUUUGGAGCCGUAUGUGAAGAAUUAAAGUCACGAGUGGAAAAGAUGGGCAUUGCUCCCCCCCCC